AUGCAGUUAUGGCUGCUUAUAACAUGUAUCGUUGUGUGUGGGAUUUUGAGUGCCCUGUUUUCAGGCCUCUCCCUCGGAAUCAUGAUGCUGGAUACGCUCCAGUUGAACCUUCUUAUCCUCGUGUCUGAAAAAGACAAGAAGGAGCUGAACAAUGCCAAGAACGCCAGGAAGAUCCUCCCGCUACGCAACAACACAAAUGAGAUCCUCGUGACAUUCAUCACUGCCAAUGUGAUGGUGAACUCUGCCUUCAGUUUGCUCCUCAGCGAACUCACCGACGGUGUUACAUCCUUUAUCAUUUCAACCCUCAUUAUUACAAUUUUCGGGGAAAUAAUUCCCCAGUCUAUUUGCUCCAAACAUGGGUUGGCUAUCGGUGGCUUUUUCGCCCCCCUCAUCCACUGCCUCAAAUUUUGCCUCUUCAUCUUUGCUAAACCGACGAGCCUUAUCCUGGACCACUUCGUGGGAAAGAACGUACUGAACACGUACAACAAGAAGCAGUUGAAGGCGCUCGUGGACAUGCACAAAAGCGCAGCGGAUAUUCUUCACGAAGACGAAGCCAAGAUUGUCGUGAGCGCCUUGGAAAUGUCUCAGUACAAGGUUAUGCACAUCAUGACAGAUAUUGACUAUGUCUUUGGGAUUGAUUACAACAGCUUUAUCAAUUACGAAACGAUAAAACGAAUUUUAAAUAGUGGCUUCUCAAGGAUACCUGUUCUGAACAGAUGUAACUCUGAAUGCGUUGUCGGCCUCAUCCAUAUCAAGGACCUCAUCAACAUAUGGUUUGGUAUAAAUAAAAUUAUCUUCGAUAACAAUUCAUUGGUCCAGUGUAGAAAAAGAAGAAACACCAACAAGCAUAAGUAUUACAAAAAGAAAUCUAGAACCGGGAUCUUUCACUUAAUUAAGUUAAAAUCAGAAAAAAUUAGAAUCGCAAAUAAAAUAUAUGCUUAUGAUGGGUCCAAGAUUCUGGGUCGUUGUGCUUCGACCACUAGAGAGGGGAAGUCAGACAAGUGUAUUAACCCUCCUCGUCGCACUAGUCACUCCUCCACUACUUGCAGCAAAGAGAAGAGGAAAAUACACGGGCCUUCACAUCCCUCCAUCGAAAAGCGAAGCGGCUAUCAUACUGACACAGCAGAUGAUGAAAACGACUGGGAUAGCACCCUGGGGAAGGAAAACGGUGCAGGUGGUGCAUACCGUGAGCAAGAUGAGGUCCACAAUAAAGUGGAACUGGUCCAUCUUAAGGGAAGUGAUGAUGAGCACCUGAGCACGGAUAGAGAAAUGCAGCCCCCUCAGGAGGAUUCCAACCCGGACGAAGUGAAAAUAAACAUCGAUCAAUGUCCCCGUCGAAGGGAACCCAAUCAUACAACACGGAAGGAACGGACAACGCGUACGAGACAAACGGAACGGAGUGGAGAUCAAGUUGGAGGAGGUGGCACUCCUAAUUCGGAUAGAAAGAAAAAAAAAAAAGUUCAGAUAAACGUGGAGGGGAACAAAGGGGACCAGCACCUCGGGUGCAGCAACUACUACAAAGGAAUAGACGAGAAAGCACAAGGACAAGGAGAAGAACUUGACGAAAUCGUUAACCCGUCUAAGCUCCGAGAUAAAAAGAGGAAGAAAAUUAAAAAGUCGUACAAGAACCCGUAUGAACAAAGAAACAGAAAUGUAAACUUCGUGGAAUUUCUGUCUGACCAGAUGAUGUUAAGUGGAGAGGAGGAGCAGGAAUCCUCUUCCUCCGAUGAGGUUGUAUUCACCGACAUUCAAAAGAGAAUAAAGUACUAUAGCAAAUUGAAUAAGGGAGGAGCAAAAGCAACAGGAAGGAGAGACAACAACUACGUCGCUACGAAAAUUCGACAGGGUAAGGCUCGCUCAGGGAAAAGCGAACAUAGGAACCCCAGCGGAAAGACCGCGCCCCCCGGUGGAGCCGCCUCCCGGGGGAAUCUACAAAAUGGGGAAAACCCUCCGAGCGCAAACACAAACAAUUCAAACGAUGCGAGCGAUGCGAGCGAUGCGAGCGAUGCGAGCGAUGCGAACGAUGCGAACGAUGCGAACGAUCCAAACGAUCCAAACGAUCCAAACGAUCCAAACGAAUCAGACAGAGGUGGAAGAGGUGGAAGAGGUAGCGCCGCGAGAAGCAGCAUCAGUGACAUCGCCUCCAACCGGGGACGAAAUAGAUACAUCUCGCAAAGCACCAUGAUAAAAGAAAACCUCAAUAAAGAAAAAAACAUGCAACACAUCUUCCUGGACAUAAAAAAUUACAUUAGAAUAACCCGAAACAAGGACAUAGAAAUCCCAGUCAAGUACAUUUUAAAACACAUCGGCAGAUAUAUCUACGGGGUAGAUUAUAACGAGAGUAUCCUCUCUCUCCUAUCCUUUUUUAAGAGUGCUAGCAAUCACAUCGUCGUGGUAAGGAAAGUUAUUUACGAUGAGAAUGCCGACCCCAAGUAUGCCCACAUUGGAAUUAUCACCCUCGAGGAUGUGAUAGAAAUUUUACUGCAAGAGGAAAUAACGGACGAGUUUGACUUCCGCAGUGUUAAAAAAGGAACAAAUAUCCCCUCGAAUUUCGUCUGGAAAAAUUCAGACGAAUCUUUGGACAAGGGGAAGAACCAUGGAGAAACACUCCAACAGGCACUCCAAGGGGAACCUCUUCCAAAGAAGUCAUUUUCGCCGACUUCGACACCUUCUCCACUUUCGCCGACUUCGACACCUUCUCCACUUUCGCCGGCAUCGUCACUGUCAUCCCUUUCGUCUCCGUCUCGGAUCUCAGCGCACCCCUCCCAGGGCGCGAAGCCAACGAGAAUACACACGUUCGCGCCAAUCUGCAAACGGGAUGUCAUCGCCUUCCUAAAGGAGAACGUCUACUUCAAGUAUAUCGACACGCAGUUAAUUACUAAAUGUAUCAAAAACAAAAAAAUAAAAACCGCACAAAAAAAUGAAUACAUACUUAAGGAAAACACCUUCUUAAACUACGCAAUCAUCUUAAUGAAUGGUCAUGUGAAAAAUAUAAAAAACGGAAGAAGCAACAUACACGAAAACAAGUGUAUCAUUGCCCUGGAGGCUCUCGGCCCAUACAACAUAAUCGAACUGUUUAACAGUACCAUUGAGAAGAGAAUAAAUGUUAUCAAAAAUUAUGAAGAAGAAAAAAAAAAAAAAAAAAAAUCGUUAUUCUUUAAAAGGAGAAGUUUCGACGACAAGAAGGAUUCCCUGCGUCACAAGUGGAGCUCCCUCUCCAAGGACAAAGGUGUCCACCCAAAAAUGGAAUACAGCACUACAGGUAGCGUUAUGGAUAGCGCUACGGGUAGCACCAUGGGUAGCCAACUCCGUACUGGCCUCUCCAAUACGAACUACAAUGUCAUUCACAAAAAUAUCAACAUUCUAUUUAAGAAGUGGUACACCCAACAUGUGUACUUUAACAAGAGCACUUGCAUCGCAGAAACCCCCUGCGAGUACAUGAUCCUUUCCAAGAACGAAUACAUGGACAUGAUAAUAGAAUGCUACAGCAACAACAAGGUGGAUGAAAUUAUUGAGGAUAGCUGA